AUGGCCAAACCCCCACCAAACGACAUCCACCAAUUCUCCCUCCUCUCCGCCUUCCACGCCGGCCUAAAAGAAGGCGGCCCCCCCGCCGCCUUCCUCGCAACGCAAGGCACGCACGGCCUAGGGAUCUCCGAAGACGACGAAGCAGACAUGCUACAACUCGAUUCGGAAUGCUACACCUUCUCCGACGAAGGCGAGGCCGCGCGAGCAGAUCCAGAAGACCAAAUGCCGUUUGUGAUGGUCACGGCGUUCCAGCCUGCGGCGCGCGUGAAGCCGCCGCGGGGCACGACGAGCGCGACAAUCCGGGAGGUGUUUGAGGGAAAGGCGGGGAAGAAUACGCCGUUGCCGUUUCGCUUGGGAUAUUAG